GACGGGACUUUAACUCUAGAUUUUAAAAAAAUGAUUCAACAGGGGUGGUGACGUAGUUCCGGUAAAAUCUCAGCCAGCCUCAUCAUAUCCGGUUAAUUUCCGCUUUCCGAUCGCUUUCACUGCUGCUUCUAAAAUCCGGUGAUGUCGGGGAAAAGCUAUAGAUUUCAACGGACUAUUAGUUCUACAGCCGAGCAUUGUUGUGUGCCGUUAUGCGCUGCAUCCAGUAAAUACAACUCGGCGCUCAGUUUUCACACGUUUCCAAAGGAUUUCGAAACGAGACGAAAAUGGAUUUCUGCGAUUAGGCGAGAUCACUUCGCGGUGAGCCCCCAUACCCGCGUUUGUAGCCGGCAUUUUACAAGCGAAGAUGUUUGUGAGCCUUUAUCUGCGACAGCAAGACGAUUGUUGAGGAAGGGAGCAGUCCCUGCCUUGUUCGAGUGGAACAAUUUCUCUCUUCCACUUUCAAGACAGGCGGGGGUGAUGGAGAGGAGGGAGAGGAAGGAGAGGCCAGUAGAGGAGCAGGACACAUCAUGUGAGGAGGCAGCUGGCGUCACACAUGACCACGACUACGCUGCCGCUCCAGGUCCACUUGUAGACCUAGCUCUCGAUGAAAACAAGGCCCGAAGAAGUGAGAUCGACCAGCUGAGAAAACAAGUCCAGACACUUAACUUGAAGCAGCGGUUUGGCAUUCACCGGUUUGCAGGCUCAGACAGAGACAUACGUUUUUUCACAAGGUUUGGAUCUUAUGACCUCCUCAUACGCUUCUGGACCCAAAUAGAACCUGCAGUACCAUCUAUGAUCAGGGUGACACAAGCACAGAGAGGCAACUUCACAGAGCCCACUUUUCCAGCAGCUGACUCGUUGCAGCCCAUAGAUGAGAUGUUCAUGUUUUUGAACUAUCUUGCACUUGGUUUGAAACAGUGUGACCUUGCUGACCGCUACGGAGUCCACCAGUCCACAGUCAGUCGCAUUAUAACAACAUGGAGCAACUUUCUGUACACUGUGCUUGGGUCAGUGAGGAUCUGGAUACCAGAGGAGAAAAUUAGGGAAAAUUUGCCAACAGAGUUUAAGGACUACGCAGACACCACAGUCAUCCUAGACUGCACAGAGCUGAGGUGCCAGUGUCCAACAUCACCGCUUCUCCAAAGCGAGGUAUACUCUGCAUACAAGUCCAAUUGCACUCUCAAAGGGCUGCUUGGAGUUGCACCUCACGGGGCAGUCACCUUCAUCUCUCCGCUGUAUGCUGGAUCAAUUAGCGACAAACAGAUCACCCGAGAGUCUGGAAUUCUCUCCCUUUUGAAACCUGGGAUGGCUAUCAUGGUUGACAGAGGUUUUCUUGUUGAUGACUUUGUGCCAUGUAAGAUCUACAGGCCGGCAUUUCUCUCUGGCAGAUCUCAGAUGUCUGCUUCUGAGGUCAGGGAGACACAGGCCAUUGCACGUGUCAGGGUGCAUGUGGAGCGUCUCAUACGCCGCGUAAAGGAACACAAGUUCUUCGAGACAGAGAUUCCACUCCGGCUUUUUGGAAACAUUAACCAACUUUAUUCUGUUGCAUGUCUCCUAACAAACUAUGAAAAUGGGCCUCUUGUUAAGACUUGGUCCAAGAAGCCAGAGUAGUGUCGGAAUCUGGGCUGCAACUGUUCAUUGAUUUUAUCUUUUAGGGCAAAAUGUUAAUCUUGUAAAUAGCAAUUAUCUGUAUAUACUAACAUGAAAUCUGUUUUAUAUUCUUCUAGUGCGAAAUGUUAAUCUUGUAAAUAGCAAUUAUCUGUAUAUACUAACAUGAAAUCUGUUUGGUGUUGUUGAAGUCAUUGAAAAUUGGUUUGUUGAAAUACAUUCACUUUGGACCCAGA